AUGGCAAAGAAGAACAAGGAUCAAGAGCCUCAGGCCAACCUCAACAGCGUCACAAACAGAGACAUCCUCCAACGCCUCAACUUCCUCUAUCAGGCCAGUGCAUAUCUCCACACAAUAGCCCCGUCUCCCUCCGGCAAACCAAGCAAUGACAAGGUCAUUGAACUAUCGAAAGAGCAGAAACGAGAAAGGCGCAGGAAGGCGAGGCACCCUGCGCAGACAACGGAAUUAGCGAGGGCUUAUGUACGGUCGAUGAAGAUCAUCAGCCAGAAGGCCACUGUGAGAAUGGAUCCAAAUGUGAAACGGACCCUCUGUAAGAAAUGCAAUACCAUCUUGAUGCCUGGGUCGACGGCGUCGGUACGCACUAAACCAUCCUCAACACACGGACAUAGUAUAGCAUAUACAUGUGUUACGUGCGGCACCACACGGCGCAUACCCGCACCGCCUAUCCUCGAUGCUGACAAGCCACCCAGAGGACAGUCGUCGGCACCUGAUUUUCCUCCAGCUCCUCCGCAAGCGGACGACGAGGCUAUGCAAGCGGAUGCCCUGAACCCGCAACUAGACUCUGGCCCUGAGUCUGCAUAUAAGAGCAGUAGCUCCCCUCGGAAGCACCGAAAGAGACGUAUCUCUCCGCGAGUGCCUCCAUUAUUCCAGAGGAAAGGACAUGUAGUAUUCAGAGGAAAUGUUCGACUCUUGGAGGAUGAUUAA